UUUCCUGUGAGACAGAGGACUCUUUACACCGCGAGACGCUACAGAGAGAGAGACAGAGAGAAAUAAGAGAGUCGGCGGUACGAGGGGAGAGACAGAGAGUGCGCGGGAAGGAAGUCGGAAGGGGACGAGGAGAGAGAAGGCCCGAGUGGACGAGGUGAAGGGAGGGGCACAGGGAAAAGACGACGAGGGCGCACGAGAACCUGCUCUAUGCCUCGACCUCGCGUGCUGCGCCGACGAGACGGAGCGAGGUGCGCGCGUUGAGCGUCGUGAUGAUGCCCGCUUUGGCGAUCGAGACCGUCUGCUGCUCCUGCGAGCGGCGAACGGCGCACACGCUCCUCGUCGAGUCGGACAUCUUGUCGAACUCGUCGAUGCAGCACACGCCGCCGUCGGACAGGACGAGAGCGCCA